AUGUCUGGACGAAAUAUCUCACAUGGUCGCGGUGGCGCUGGUAAUAUAACCCGCCAGGAAAAGCCCUCAACCCCCACACCACAGGACUUUGUCACCCCGACAAUCAAGCAGGAUGUCUACACAACUGGUCGCGGUGGCUCAGGCAACAUGGUUCAGAAUGAUCUCGAACGACCAGAGAUCGCCCGCGAGAGACAGGAUGUUGAAUCACCGCCAUUGCGGGCGCAGGUCAUGCCUCAUUAUAUCGGACGAGGUGGUGCUGCCAAUGCCUAUAUCCCCAGUGUGGAAGAUGAGAGGCUGGCCCAGGAACAUGAUGCGGAGUUGAUGCGCGUACAAACUCUGUCCAACGAACGGGCUAAGAAGGCUGAGCAUGAUCGACUGGAGUUGAUCGACUCUCUAGUUGAAAAGCCUCCUCAGGCUUAUACGAGGAAUCACUUGAAUCACUCGAAAAAUCUGGAGUGA